AUGCCCGCAGGGUUUAAUGACGUGUGCUUGGCGUUUUUCCGGAAGUACUUUGACGCAUUUGACCGAGACAAGAUUGGACGUGUGCGAAAUGACGACUUUGCCACGUUGAUCCGUGCCUGCGGUGCUGCCCCUUUAGAGACCAGCAUCGAGGAUCUUAGAGCCAUCGCAGACCCGAGCCGCCGUGGUAGCUUCAGCUUUGACGACUUCUGCGUGGCUCUGAAGAAGGCGUUUGCCGAAUCGAUAUCUCUGCAAGAAGUGCGCGAUGCGUUUCAGAGAUUUGACCCGGACAAGCGCGGCUUUAUCAGCCCGCAUGAGCUCCGCUACUUUCUCACCACUAUGGGCGACGUCCUCAGCGCCGAAGAGAUGAACGAAUUUGCGGAAGAGAUGCGCACCGAGAUGGACAUUGAGGGCAACCUGGUCAUGGCUGAUUGCGUCGACAAAAUGACGCCGGAGAUGUUCCGCUAG